UGUUCAUGGCGGUCCUGAGUGUAGAGAUGAUAAUGGGGGUUGUGGGAAACAUAGUAAUUCUACUGGCAAAAUUCAAGUGCAGGGAUCAGUUCCUGUGCACCUGUUGGCUCCCUUUGGUCAGUUUGUCACUCUCUGACCUUGGCUCCUCCCUGCUCAUCAUCUCUGGAUCCCUGUUUGCUGUUGUAACAGGGAAUCAGAGUUCACCGUGGUGUGAGAUCGUCAGCCUGCUCAAAUUUGCUUUCAUCACUUCCUCCAUUGGCAGCCUGGCUAUCCUGUGUGUCCAAAGAACCAUGCGUGUGGCCUCCACAGGAAGCUGUCUAUCUGUUGUCAUGGCAGCAGCUUGCCUGGCUUCCUGGGUGACAGGGGUGGUGAUUGGCAGUGUGCCCGUGGUGUAUGACUGGAUCAGGUACGACCCAGCGGAAAUGCUCUGUGCCGUCUUCUGGGAGAGCAGCUACUCCGACAUGCUGGUGUACAUUCUCUGCGCCUUUUCCGUCUGCAUCUUCCUCCCUUUCCUGCUGAUCGUCUUCUGCUCCACCCUGACAUCUGCUGGCUGGGGGUGGAACUGCAGCAGUGACCUGUCCUCUGUCACCCCUCUGUUGGUGGCGUUCUACAUGUUCUGCUACACCCCGUUUUUCAUCUCUGAGCUGGUGUUGCUGGGGAGGCGGGACCUAUCGCCGGCUCCUGAUUGGCUACGCACAAUGUCAUCGAUGAUGGCCUACCUGGACUGUGGGCUGAACCCGCUCAUAUUCUGCACCAAUCAGGAAUUCCGUCAGGCAGUGCUGGGCCUGCUGUGGACCAAUGGGAGGUCACCAACCGAACCGGUUCUGACAGCAGUGGUGAAGCUGGAGCUGUGAGACAGGCGUAGUGAUGUGCGCUUCAGUUUCUAUGCCAACAGGUCCUUUAGUGAUGGCAGUGCGGUACGGUGAUUAGGGAAGUGAACUCAAGAAACGGCAGAUUCAAAUCCAAAGUUGGACUGUUCUGUUUGUUGUACCCUUCAGCAAAAUAAUUAACUGGAAAUGUUUAAGUUAAUAUCUAGCUGUUUAAGUGGACUGUGUUUAAAAAUUUGGAGUCGUUAUUGAUAAGA